AAUGCGCAAUGCGGCUGGAAUGCGGCGGCUUCCAAUCUCCUCUCGCUGUAAGUGCGUAGGAAUCGAAUUCGCAAUGGCGAUUCCACACGCCAGCGUCUGAGCUCCAGAGAUUGAGCUGGAUUUCACGGAAGGAUGGCUUGCGUGACUGCUUCCUUCACAGCAUUGGAUUCCGUGCGUGCUUGUUUGCCGGUUAUUGUUCCAUCGUCUCUGCUGAGGUUGAGCCAGGGAGCCAGCAGCAGCAGCGGUAGAUUGUGUCACAGGCAAUGCGCGAGGAAGCAUUGCUUGGCGUCAGGUUUCUCUGGAACGAGAUUGGAUGGGACUAGACUUAAGCGCAUUAGGAGUUCAUCCAAAGUUUUUGUUGUAGAGGCUCGUAAGAAGAACAUUAUCGAAGUGGAGCAGGACCAAAGCGAAGGUUCAGAUGACGAGCGGGAAAAGAAAGGAUUAGACAUUCUCGAGGCUUCAGACACGAGCGUUUGGCUAGAAGAUCUCUACCAGCUCGAUGACGGCGAAGACGACAUCGAAGAGAAUCUCUGUCUGGAUGGCGUUGUAAAGGUGUACUGCACUCACUCUGAACCAGAUUAUUCUCUUCCUUGGCAAAAGCAACGGCAGUUCAUGAGCACUGGCAGCGGUUUCGUCAUAUCUGGCCGAAGGUUGCUGACAAAUGCACACUGUGUCGAGCACCACACACAAGUGCAAGUAAAAAAGCGUGGAGACGAUACCAAGUUUGUUGCCAGGGUUCUUGCUGAGGGCCCUGAUUGCGACUUGGCGCUCCUUACGGUUGACAGCGAAGAGUUUUGGGAAGCUGUGGAGCCUUUAAAGUUUGGAAGCUUGCCUAGGCUACAGGAUCCUGUGAUUGUUGUGGGCUACCCAAUGGGUGGUGAAACCAUAUCAGUGACCAGUGGUGUGGUUUCCCGUAUAGAAGUAACGUCUUAUGUACAUGGAGCAUCUGAGCUACUUGGGGUCCAGAUCGACGCAGCCAUCAAUGCUGGAAACAGCGGAGGUCCUGCCUUCAACGAAGAGGGUGAAUGCGUGGGAAUCGCCUUUCAGUCAUUGAAGGAUAUGGAUGUAGAAAACAUUGGUUUUGUGAUUCCCACAGCUGUAAUAUUUCAUUUUUUGAAGGACUUCGAACAAAACGGAAGAUACACUGGCUUUCCAUCAUUAGCCGUUUGGUGGCAAAAGCUGGAAAACUCAGCAAUGCGAGCCUCGUUAAAGAUGAAAAGUGGGCAGAAGGGUGUGCUUAUUCGAAGAGUUGAGCCACUUGCCCCCGUUGCCAGCGUCGUGAAGGCUGGCGAUGUUUUGUUAAGUUUUGAUGGUGUACCUAUAGCUAACGAAGGAACAGUUUCUUUCCGGACAGGGGAACGAAUCGAUUUUGAGUUUCUUGUCACUCAAAAAUUCUCAGGCGAAACAGCAGAAUUAGAGCUUCUUCGUGAUGGGAAGGAACUGAAAGUCCAAACAGUUUUUAAACCUCCUGUUCGGCUGGUUCCUGUUCACCUAGCAUCUAAAAUGCCUUCGUAUUUCAUUGUUGCGGGCCUCGUCUUCGUCCCACUGUGCUUUCCUUACCUUGAGUCGGAGUGCGACCUCGGUGAAGCUGAAGUAUCGGGAAAGCUGAGAGAAAUCGCGAGGAAUGGCAUGGUGGAGUUUGAAGACCAGCAAGUCAUAGUUAUGUCACAGGUACUGGCGCAUCCUGUCAACGCAGGCUAUGAAAAUCUCCAGAACGUGGAGGUGCUGACUUUCAACGGGGAGAAAAUUCGCAAUUUGAGGCAGUUCUCUAGAUUGGUCGACUCCUGCACAGAGGAAUUCAUGCGUUUCGAGCUGGAAAGACACAUCUUGGUGGUGCUGGAAACCAAGUCGGCUCGGUUAGCGAACGAGCAAAUCCUGAGAGACUUUCACGUACCGUCGGAGAGGUCUUUGGAUCUCGUGGAAGGUCACACCCCAGUGACAUCGCACGAGAUAAAUGGCCGAGAUGCGUUACCAGGCAGUAUACAGCCAGCAGCAGCAGCUUAAAAAAAGAAGAAACUGAGAAAGAAGGAAACUACUCAUCACAUUCAAACUGUAAAGCUCAGAAAUUAUAAUCACUUAUUCUUUCGCCAGCACAAUUCUUUA